UUGUAUGUCGACAGUUUAAAAAACAAUCUCCAUUUGACGACAUUGAAGACGCUUUCGCUCGUUUCAAUCAGCGUGAUGUCUCAGAAGCAAACGGUCCAAGAAAUCUUCCGUACAGCUGACUGCGUGUGUUUCGAUGUUGACUCCACAGUUAUAAGGGAUGAAGGCAUCGACGAAUUGGCUAACUUCUGCGGCAAAGGAGAUGAGGUUAAAAGACUAACCGCGGAAGCUAUGGGCGGCAACAUGACAUUCCAAGAGGCCCUUAAGAAGAGACUUGAUAUUAUAAGACCCAGUGCUAGUCAAAUUAAAGAAUUUAUUGAAACACAUCCUAUACAUCUCACGCUUGGAAUUUCUGAAUUAGUGAAGACAUUACACGAGAGAGGCGUCGCUGUGUAUUUAGUGUCAGGUGGCUUCAGAUGUCUAAUUGAACCAGUUGCUGAGAUUUUGGAAAUUCCCAAAGCGAAUGUAUACGCUAAUAGACUCAAAUUCUAUUUCAAUGGUGAUUACGCUGGCUUCGAUGAUACGGAGCCUACAUCUCGUUCCGGUGGUAAGGGGCUGGUGAUAAGACGUCUGAAGGAUCAUCAUCACUACCAGAGAUUGGUGAUGAUUGGUGAUGGGGCAACUGAUGCCGAGGCUAGCCCCCCAGCUGAUGCGUUCAUUGGUUUUGGUGGAAACGUAGUGAGGGAGGAGGUUAGGAAGAAGGCUUCGUGGUACGUCACAGACUUCCAGGAACUGAUUACGUCACUCGCGAUCCAGAAGUGA